CUUGGCUUGAGGGAAUUAUAUAACCCUUUUGACACACAGACAAACUGCAGUCUGUGGAACUAAACAGAGAUAGUGCAAAACAGGGAACAGAGUUAGAAUAGGAAGUCUUAAUAGAAAACAGAGACUGGACUGUUAACAUCUAUUAGUGGACAACUUUCAGAGUAAGAUGCUUCUGUAUUUAAACAUCCUGGUGCUGCUCCUCCUGCAGCCGGCUCUGUCAAGCCCAUUGCCGCUGACCACACCGUCCAGAGGAUGUCCCGGCUGUAAAGCAAAGACCUCACAGAGUCAGCCGUCUGUAGAUUUCAACACCACCGUUCUGGCUGUUGGAGAACCAUGUGGGGUCUACACAGUGAGCUGUGCCCACGGUCUGCGUUGUGCACCUCCAGAGGAUGAGCCGAGGCCUCUCCGUGCCCUGCUGGAGGGCAAAGGAGUCUGCAGUAAUGCCAGCAGCGCCAACCCGACUGAACAGACCAACACUGCAGAUCCAGGACCCACUGAGGAUCCAGAGGAGGCGCCAUGUCGUAAGCUGCUAACAAAUCUCAUCCAAGGUCUGGAUGCCCAUUUAUUUAAGUCAAAUCAUGAUAUCUACAUGCCCAACUGUGACAAGCGUGGUUUCUUCAGAAAGAAGCAGUGUUGGUCGUCACGAGGUAAGCAGCGUGGCAAGUGUUGGUGUGUGGACGAGAACGGCAUGCCGGUCUCCUCAAACACCAAACAGAAAGGCAGCCUGAGUUGUUAAAAUGCAUAAAGCCUGGACUAAAGCAGAGCAGGCUGCAGCUUCGUUACCAGUAUGAGAUAAAGAUGAAGGAACACCACACAGAGUUUAAAGGAAGUGAAAAUGGUGCCUCACUUUUCACUCUCCAUCCGCCAGAAGCAGCUCUCCACCAAUGAAAAUCUGUUUCAAAAUCAGGUGUAUCUUUGUCUCCUUGCGCCCUCUACUGAACAUAUCAAGACUGUCUUCAUCUGACGUGUCACAUUGGAGCGAGACAUCCUACAGAGACAACCUGUCUCCUCAUUUAACUCUGCAAUAACUUUCAGGAACUGCACCUACAGUCUGGGCUGCACAUAUUCAAGGGGUUUACUUCUAAGUUUCAAGAUUUUAACAUUUUAUCUGAUUACAAGUUUUCUAUAUAGGAAUAGUUGGAAACAUGUUUUUUUUUUUUUUACAUUACUGUAUAUACAGUAUAUCAUACAUAAGGUUCAGGUGUAGUUUAGUCUUUUGUAUGUACUCAAUCCUAUUUAUAUAUUUUUCAGUAUUUCUUUUUUACUUUGAAACCACUGUAACUGUAUUACUGUAAUUUCUGUACAUAAUCUAUAGAUGUAAUCCUAUUUAUGUUACUUUGAAUAUGGUAUUUUAUUUAUAGUAUUAUGUUAUUUCCACUACUUUGAAUCUUCCAUAAGAGCAAACACUAGACAUUUCUAUGUUUGUAAGCACAAACUUACAUGGCAGCAUUGUUUUGUUUUUUUUAUCCUUUGGCUAUUAGGUUUAGAUUUAGAUUCACGUAAGAAGGAAGGAGGAAGUGAUUUUAAAAAGAAUACAAACUUAAGACCAAUACAGAUGGACAGUAUUAUGAAAUAUUCCUUAACAGACUUCAUCUGUUUUAUUGUUGAGUAUCUGAAUUGUUAUA